CACAUUUUUCCAGCCUUCCAUGCUCCUUUGCCAAUUGACAUGCGCCACCAGGAAGGACGAUACCAUUAUGAACCUCACUCUAUCCACGCUAUCCACGGGCCUCCUCCCCUGAGCGGCAGCCCUGUCAUCUCCGACAUCUCCCUCAUCCGCCUGUCUCCGCACACCGCCGGGCCCAGUGAGUCGCCCUUCAGCCCGCCGCACCCCUACGUGGCACCCCACAUGGAGCACUACCUCCGCUCCGUCCACGGCAGCCCCACACUCUCCAUCAUCUCCGCUGCCAGGGGCCUCAGCCCCGCUGACGUGGCUCACGAACACCUGAAGGAGCGAGGUCUCUUCGGGCUGCCCCCACCGCCACCGGGAGCCAACCCCACUGACUACUACCACCAAAUGACGCUGAUGGCCGGCCACCCGAACCCCUAUGGGGACCUCCUGAUGCAGAGCGGGGGAGCAGCCAGCACAGCCCAUCUUCAUGAUUACCUCAGCCCCGUCGACGUGUCCCGGUUUUCAAGCCCACGGGUGACACCGAGAUUAAGCCGAAAACGAGCCCUGUCUAUCUCCCCGCUCUCUGAUGCCAGCAUUGAUCUCCAGACGAUGAUCAGGACCUCCCCAAACUCUCUCGUGGCAUAUAUCAACAACUCCAGAAGCAGUUCAGCAGCGAGUGGCUCCUACGGCCAUUUAUCUGCCGGGACAAUCAGCCCGGCGUUCAGCUUCCCCCACCCCAUCAACCCCGUGACGUACCAGCAGAUCCUGACCCAGCAGAGAGGCCUGAGCUCAGCCUUUGGACACACUCCCCCCCUGAUCCAGCCAUCCCCAACGUUCCCCCCACGGCAGCACAUGGCGGUCAUCUCUGUCAACCCACCGCCAGCACAGAUCAGCAGCAACAGCAACUGCAUCUCUGACUCCAGCCAGAACAAGCAGAGCAGCGAGUCGGCCGUGAGCAGCACAGUCAAUCCCGUAAUUAACAAGCGCAGCAAAGUCAAGACUGAAGUCGAGGGCUUGCCCCCAGCCUCCCCCACCACACAGGAGCAUCUGACAGACCUGAAAGAAGAUCUAGAUAAGGAUGAAUGUAAACAGGAGCCUGAGGUUAUUUAUGAGACGAACUGUCACUGGGAAGGGUGCACAAAGGAAUAUGACACUCAAGAGCAGCUCGUCCAUCACAUCAACAACGAUCACAUCCACGGGGAGAAGAAGGAGUUUGUCUGCCGCUGGCAGGACUGCACGCGGGAGCAGAAGCCCUUCAAGGCUCAGUACAUGUUGGUGGUGCACAUGCGAAGACACACAGGAGAGAAGCCACACAAGUGCACGUUUGAGGGUUGCUCCAAAGCCUAUUCCCGCCUGGAGAACUUAAAGACACACCUGAGGUCCCACACUGGAGAAAAACCCUAUGUCUGUGAACACGAAGGUUGCAAUAAAGCCUUUUCCAAUGCCUCGGACAGAGCCAAGCACCAGAACAGGACACAUUCCAAUGAGAAACCCUACGUCUGUAAAAUCCCUGGCUGCACGAAGCGGUACACAGACCCUAGUUCCCUCAGGAAGCACGUCAAGACUGUGCACGGGCCUGAUGCCCAUGUCACAAAGAAGCAGCGCAACGAUGUGCACCCGAGGCCACCUCCGCUCAAGGAAAAUGGUGACAAUGAGGCAAGCGCCAAGCAGAGCAGCAAGGUUUCAGAGGAGGGCCCUGAGGCCAACAGCACCACGAGGAGCAUGGAGGAUUGCUUACAAGUCAAAACGAUAAAAACGGAGAAUUCUGUGAUGUGUCAGUCCAGUCCUGGUGGCCAGUCGUCAUGCAGCAGUGAGCCGUCACCCCUUGGCAGCACCAACAACAAUGACAGUGGAGUAGAAAUGAACAUACACAGCGGGGGAAGUCUGGGAGAUCUGACGGCGUUGGAUGACAACGCUCCUGUUGUGGAUUCAACGGUCUCAUCUGGUAAUUCGACAGUCAGCCUGCACCUAAGGAAACACAUGACGACGAUGCAACGACUUGAACAGCUCAAGAAAGAGAAACUCAAGACAGUUAAGGAUUCCUGCUCAUGGGUGAGCCCAGCUUCACAAGCCAGAAACACCAAGCUGCCUCCCAUCUCAGGAAACGGCUCUAUUCUAGAAAAUAGUGGUGGUUCUUCUGCUACGCUGCCCAAUCCCAGAAUAAUGGAGCUGUCUGUCAAUGAGGUUACGAUGCUGAACCAACUCAACGAGCGCCGUGAUAGUACGACAAGCACCAUCAGCUCCGCCUACACCGUCAGCCGCAGGUCAUCAGGGAUCUCCCCGUACUUCUCCAGCCGCCGUUCCAGCGAGGCUUCACAGCUCGGGCACCGUCCCAAUAAUACGAGCUCUGCUGACUCCUAUGACCCGAUUUCGACGGAUGCCUCCCGUCGGUCGAGCAGGCUGAAAGCCAAGUACGCUGCUGCCACGGGGGGCCCUCCUCCAACUCCCCUGCCAAACAUGGAGAGGAUGACCCUGAAGAACAGGAUCUCACUUAUGGAUGGACCAGACCCCACCUUGCCCUCCAUCCGUCUCCCGCCAGGCCCCAGGCGUUGCAGCGAUGGUAACAGCUAUGGCUACCCGUCAGCUGCGGCAUUUCCCCACGAGGUGCCAGGCAACUGCGCGAGGCGGGCGAGUGACCCAGUGAGGAGACCUGCCGGAGACCCCCAGGCCCUCCCACGAGUUCAACGCUUCAAUAGCACCAACAGCAUGAACCCCUUCCAUCCUCCACACCCCACAGACAGGAGGAAUUUUGGCCUCCAGAACUAUGGUCGCUCAGACGGGAGCCUCCCCCGGCACACCUACUCACCCCGGCCAUUGAGCAUCAGUGAAAACAUCGCCAUGGAAGCUAUGGCCGGGGAGGCAGAAGUGCCUGUUGGAGACGAUGACAUUAUGCUGCCAGACGACGUGGUGCAGUACAUCAAAUCCCAGAGCAACGGGACCGCAGCUGAGAGCACUUCCAUGGGGUACAGCAAUGAGAUGCAAAGUUUCCAGGGAAGUGGGAAGCUGCAGCCUCCAGCCUUGCCUGGCCAGCGCAGGAUGGCGGUGGCCGAGGCGAGCAUGAGCCACUUGGGACCCAUGAUGGCAGAGUGCCCCAUGACCUUUGAUGCUUCCUCAGACAUGAAUAAAAAUAACAUGCCCGUCCAGUGGAAUGAGGUCAGUUCGGGUACAGUCGAUAUCAUGUCCAAUCAGUCAAAGCAGCAGUUUUCUCAAGGGAACUUAGCAGUGGUCCAGCAGAAGCAGAACUUUGGUCAGUACCAGAACUACAACCAACAGCAGAUGCAGCUGCCGGAGAAUAGUAUGAACGUAACACAGCAGAACUUUAUGCAAAGAAAUGUGGGCAUGGACGGGCAGAGGCUAAACUGUAUGCAGCUGCGGCAGCAGCCCGUGAGCCUAGGCCCUGGUAUGAACCCUGAUCUGGGUUUGCACGCAGGGUAUAACCAACCUCAUCAGAUGCUGAGUCCCAGUGCAAUCAGUGGCAAUCCAAAUCAGAUCUCUCCUUCUUGUAGCAGCAUGGCAGCAAAGUCCGUACCCCACCUUCACCCUCAGCAAAUGGACAUGGCAACAGACCCUUCUUUAAUGGUCGGCAGCAACAGUGAGCGCACGAUGCUGGGCCAGGUCAUGCAUGAACCAAGUCAUCAGAACUAUGCAUCUCAGCCAACCCACCUGAACUUUCCCAUGGCUCAGGAGGCCUUUCAUCAGCCCAUCGUGACCUCCAACCAGGCCAGCUUUGAGCCUCAGCAGAGCAUGAUGGGCUCAGCCGCACAGGCAUAUCCUGGACCUGGCAUGGUCCAGCCUCGUCCUCCGCCCGAGCCGAGCCCGUCCAGCAGACCCCGAGGCCUCCGCACCAUCCAGCAGCUGGGCUACAUGAGAACUCCCCACCCUACAAACACCAUCAGCUCGGGCCAGGAGGCGACGGAGGCCGUGCAUAAAAGAACCAGCGAUAUGUUGCCGGCGCCGACCCAGCAGUGUGCAGACGGUACAAGGGAAAACAAUUUGAUGUACUAUUAUGGUCAAAUCCACAUGUACGAACAGAACAGCAGCUUCGAUAAUCACGCGGACUGCCGGGUCAGACAGCAGCAGUGCGCACUGACCAGCAAGCCGGCCACUCUGCCUUCCCCGGGCGCGAACCAGGUGUCCAGCACGGUGGACUCGCAAGGUCUUGAGCCGCCCCAGAUAGAUUUUGAUGCCAUCAUGGAUGAUGGGGACCAUUCGAGCCUGAUGUCGGGCACCCUGAGCCCCAGCAUCCUGCAGAACCUCUCCCAGAACUCCUCUCGCCUGACGACUCCACGAAACUCUCUGACACUGCCCACCAUACCCGCGGGAAUAAGCAAUAUGGCAAUAGGCGAUAUGAGCUCCAUGCUAACCACGCUGGCAGAAGAGAGUAAAUUUCUAAACAUGAUGUCCUAA